AUGUUGGCAGAGCUCGAACGGGUCACCCCCAACUUCGCCCUCGACGGAUCGACAUGCGACGCGGCUUUCGGGAAGAUAGUUGCCGAGAAGGCCACGGAGUUCGAGCUGCAAACCCCAGAGGAGCGACAGCUGUGGUCCACGCAGAACAGCUUGAG